CGGUCGUUUCAUUAAUGCCACGUAUAGUCAGCGCCAUUUUGACCGAAACAAAAAUUCUGCGUCGGAUAAAACCGGCGUUAAAACAAUUUAUAUUACUUGCUUCCCCGCUGAUCUGGCCAAGGAGCUGAUAGUGAAAGUAGCGUACCAUGAAUUGGUUGAGUACUGUUUUAGUUGGAUUAGUUUUUACGUUUUUAGCAUCGAUCCCAGUUGAAUGUACUGAGUUGACUUUUGAGUUGGAAGACAACGCUAGACAAUGUUUCUAUGAGGACAUCAAAAAAGAUACCAAAGGAACGCUUGAGUUUCAGGUCAGUGUUCAAUUUAUCUAGGAUACGAGAACUGAGAUUUCUUGUAAUUAUCCAUCUAUUCUUGAGGAGCUUCUAAUUUUUUUUUGCGACGUAAUUUGAAACAUCUUUAGAUAAUUAGACAUGUGCCUACAAAUAACUGUAUCAGCUUUAAAAUCUCUUACUGUAAAUCAGCUGAUGUUUGAUCAGUCAAAGGUAUAUGGCUUUUACUUUAUAUUAGAUUCAUAAUAUAAAUAUUUGUUCGGUACUCUUUGUUGUGUAAUUUUCGGAGUGUACACUUACAAAAAAAACCUCGUAAUUUGAUCACUAUUAACUGCGUACAACUGACCACUGGUAUAUUCAACCCAUAUACUACUGAUAGCAAAAUAUUUCGCUGUUUAAACGUUCUUUGAUUGUAAGGGAAAAAAUGAUAGGUAUUGGUUUGUCAAUGCCCCCAUGUUAUUAGGAGAUUUUCCCACAAGUCUUGGGAUUACAAUUUUGUCUCAUGAAAGAAGAGGUACUGUUGACUAUUCUUUGUUAUACACCUGCAGAUGAUAAAGAGGACUUAAAACUGAUCUAUUUAAAAAUUUUAUACUCAGCACUUAGAAUUUAUUAUUUGCACAAUCAAGAUUUCAUUGUAUUUAAGAACUUUAAGAAGAAACUUUACCCUCUUUAUUAAGUUUAGCCUUCAAAAUUAGACAUUUGAAAUCUGCAAUUACUGUCUUACAUAUAUCAAGGUGCUGUCACCAGGAACAAUUUUCAACAAAGACCACUUGUUGUGAGGUCUUUUGACUUAGAGUUUAUGCUACAUAUGUUUACAAAUAGCCUAUUGAAGGCACCAUUGCAAUAAGUGAUUAGGGGCACCUCUAUGGUUGAAUUAAUGUUAAAAGCAAAUGCAGUUAUCUUUUGUCAAAUAUGGCCAUGUUGCUGAUGUAAAAAUAUCCUCUUUAAUAAAAUGGAAGUUGCUUUAGGCACAUUGCAUCAUCCUCCUUAGCCUUGAAAUGUAUAUGCGGAAUAAUUCACCAUCCUGGGCCAAUUUUAGCCUGAUCUGAUACUGGUAAAAAAUGGCUAACAGUCUUUUUGGCUUGGAGGGAGGGUUAUCUAGGAUAUCUAAGCUUCCACAUAUACAAUAUUUAGAUACCCCAACCUUUCCACAGGUCUCUGAACUGUCAUGCAUUAGCUCAGAUAAUAAAUUUACAAAUCAAAAAAACCUAAUUGUUGCACAUUAUGUUAGUGUAACUAUCCAUUAAAUCCUGUUUUAAUGAUCAGCAAUCACAGUUCAGUAAUGAAUCCUCUUAAUACUUUGAACUUUCAAGUUUUCAGAUACUUUUUGACUGCACUUAGCACAGUUUAAUGAGUCAGCUCUUUUCAAAACAUUUUAAGACUUGUUUUACUGGGGCAAUUGCAUGUAUAACACUUCAUUGAAAGCUAGAUAAAUCAACAGUGCUGACAACUUUUGUGGUCAAAAGGGUUUCUUUUACCUGACAUAAUUUUUGCAAAGUGGUGCAAAAUCGCAUCCUGGAAACAUUGUUCAAGCAGGAUGUCCAUGCUUUCAUGCUAGCAACUUAACACUUGGUAAAUGAACUUCCUUGAAACAGAAAGUAUAGCACAUGCAUAUUCACGAAAGAGAAAUACAGCUACAUCAGCAAAAAGCCAAAAGGAUCCAACAAAGACCGACCAACAAACAAUCAGCAGGGAAUAGCAGACAAAAUAGUCCCCUGUUUUCUGAAACAUAGUUAUAUGUCCCCUAAAUAAUAACCUAGUUAAAAACCCUAUAAUUAAGCAUUGAUGGCUUUUGUCAAAGCUGGCUUGCUAUUCUCCGACAGCCAGAAUGAAUUGACAUAAUUUUUUUCCCUGCAAUUGUAUAUUCAACAACUUGCAAACUGCUCUCCCACAAUGCCUCAGAAAAGAAUGAUUACCUGCUUGCCAUAAUAUUUUGGGGAGGCCUGGGUUUGUAAACAUGGCAGUUUGCUAACUAACGAACAAUAUCACCAGAUAAAAGUCUUUCACAUACCUUUAUUUUGUUAUUGGGUUAGACUUCACUGUAAGGGAAAGUAUCUUAAUUUCCCCUGAUUUGUCUGGUGUUAUUUUCCUCAGACAACCAGGCCUUUAAUUUUACAGAAAAGUGGUCAUCUGGACUGUUUUUUUAGUUGUUUCUGAUGACCAGAUGACCACUAUUUUUGAGCACUGCUAACGGAGAUGAGAAAAAAAUCAUACCCAGUACAAUCAAUUAAAUCCUUUAUUUCAUUAAUCAAAUCCUAUAUUUCAAAAUGAUAACUGUUAAAGCUGUAAAGCUUGUGAGGACAUUUAUCUAAGGAUCUAGUGUGCUAAUGGACUUACAAGAGUUUACAAUUUGUCUAAAACCAAAGGUAUGCAGUCAUUUAGAGAAAGCUAAAGUUAAUUAACUAAGUACAACUACUGUGGCUGCCCCUCCUGGGUUUCCAUAAGUAAAGAUCUGUCAUAAAAAAUGCUAACCCUUUCUUGUUUUAGGGAGAACAUUGAUCAGGUUGAUCUUGCAAGUGUGUCACUGUGGUAUUUAUCCCUCGUUGCACAUAUUUGUCUUAUCUUUCCAUUGAUGGGUGUAUCUGUAUUACCUUAUUUAAAAAGCUUUCCUUUCAAAAAUGUCCAGAAACCAAAGCAGAAGUAGAAUUUCUAAAUAAUGUGGUUUUCUCUUCAGGUCAUAAGUGGUGGAAACUAUGAUGUAGAUGUAAUUCUUUAUGAUGAAAAUGGUAAUGAAGUUUACAACGUCCAAAAGAAACAGUAUGACAGCCAUUCUUUCACAGCUCAGACUGAUGGAAUUUACAAGUUCUGCUUCAGCAAUGAAUUUUCUACAUUUAGUCACAAGGUGGUUUACUUUGAUUUCCAAGCUGGAGAUGAAAUGCCUUUAACUAAAGACAUGGGAGCACAUCAAACAGCACUCACACAGAUGGAGACAGCAUGUGUAACCAUACACGAAGACCUUAAGGUUGGUCCUGUUUAGCAGAAUCUUCAUAGUUGUUGACAUGCAGCCCAUGCUAUGCGAUUUGUACAAUUUUAAGCCAAAUGUACUGUGUACACCUUGCCUUUAACCCUUUAAUACCUCGGAGUGACUGGCAUGUAAUUUCUCCCUACAUUACUACCCUCCAAUCCUAUGUGAAUGCCAUAAGAAUAGGGAAAUGAUCACCCAUUUAGGAAGCUGCUGAUUGUCAAACAAAUUCUCCUUGUUGGUAUCAGAGGAAAUGUAAAGAGAACAGUGUGUAGAGUGUGAAUAUUAAUGUUAGGAUGUAAAAGAUUAAGAAGGACAGGGGCAAAUUGUUUGUUACUUAGCUUUCCUAAAGGUGAUUCCUCAGUAGUGCACUGUGCAUCCUCUACUGGGCAUAAAAAAUCAUGUAAUCAGGGGAAUAAGUGCACAGGCAUUCAGAGAACAUGGCAUUGUUUUUUCAAUCAAUGGAUCAGUUAAAGAGGUACCAUGGUCUUUAGUUCUUGUACAGGCAAUGUGACCUAUAUUUUUUAUUGCAUAAUUUUGGUGUACGGGUUAUCCUCUGAAGAUUGGAGAAUUUUUUAAAAAAAUUGGAAGAAAAAAGAUAUAGAGAAAAGCAUACUAGAAGCCUGUUACUUGAGGAUGGAAACAGUGACUUUGAAAGUAAUGACUGGAGGAACAUUUGGAGUUGAAGUUUUUCAACCCUUUACACCCUAAUGUUCAUCAGUAUGCAUACUCUCUAUACUGUUCUUUAUACAUUUCCUAAGGUAGUGGCAAGGAGAAAUUGUUUAACAAUCAAGAGCUUUUUUAGUUGAUGAUCAUUUCCUUUAUUCCUGUGACCUUUUCAUGUGUGAUUCAGGAGAGAUAUUGUGAGGAGAAAUUAGAUGUUAGUCACUCUUAAGGGUCAAAGGGUUAAAAUUGUGUGAUUUUGGCACAAGUUAUCAUUCAAAUUGUUCCAUUCCCUCAAUACUUUCUGCUCAUAAAGUUUCUUCAAGUGUUACUUUAAAAACCCUUGCCUCCAGCUAACAUACAUGUACAUGUAUAACGUGUGUUACUAGUGCCAGUACAGGCUUAUAUAGGGUGAGUUUGGCUCAUUGUAUCUCUUAAACAAGCACAACUUGACAUAUCUUUUUAUAAUAUUUUACAAAUCAGACAUUGGUAGGGAACAGUUAGGGAAAGUUUUAAGAAAAAUUGUUUGAUAACUUUUUUUUUUCUGAGGAAUCACCUGAAGUGUCCAUGAUUUCAAGCAAAAAGAAGCUUAACUUUAAAACAUGGGUUUUCAUGGAUGAAGUGAGCUGAAAAAUAACUUACUCUUAGAAUGGAUAUGACAAUUGAUGUAUGUAAUUAAAAAAACCAACUAACAUUUGGAAGGCACAAAUUUUAUACCCAGGCCUUUUAUUUUUCCUGGUUUUAAUUCUGCAAUUACUUUUCAUCAGUUGCAACUAACUUGCAAUGAUUAGUCAUUUCUCAUGUGGCCUCUGGUGGGAGACUCUCAUUUGUCUAUUCAAAACAUUUUCCAACAAUAUAUUUGAAAUGAUGUCUGCUCUGUCUGUGAAUAACUUGAUUUACUGGUGUAAACUAGUUGCUCUAAUAAUGAUGAUAACUUUAUUACUGCGUCAAUAAAUAUGGUGGUUACCCACUAAAUAAGGACACCAAUCAAAUGACUGAUAAAAAACAUAAAAGGAUAAUUAGAAUAAACAAAAGCAGGUGUAAUGAGCCUUUAUUUAAUAUUUCUCAUUCAGAUUGCAACAGACUACCAAACCCACCAUCGUUUACGUGAGUCUCAAGGACGGGACAUGGCUGAGUAUUUAAAUGAAAGGAUACAGUGGUGGUCUGUUGGAGAAGCUUGCCUAAUUCUUUCUGUUGGAAUCUGUCAAGUAGUCAUUUUAAGGCGAUUUUUUGCUGAGAAGAGGUCAACCAUCUAGUUCUUGAAACAUUGCCGCUUGAAGAAAUCAUGCUUCUUUCAGUCUGUACAGAAAAGAUAUUAACUCCAUCAAAUUUAUUAAAAAAAUCAUCUUGAAAAGCUGUUGCCUCAUGAACACAAAAACUGUGAUAGCUGAAGAUGAAGACAUUGAUGUUGUUCUUAUGCUACACAAGUUGAACCAGACCUGAGCCUUUACAAGGGGGCUUUGUUGUUCCUCAUACUGGUGUGCUUUAUAUGUAAUGAAUGAUCAUUAGUAGGACCUCAGCAGUUUAGUUGCUCACAAUGUUAAUGGUUAGCUGGAAGUAUUUCCAUAACUGUUUAUGUAUACAAACUUAGCAGGCUCCUUUGGGUGACCCUGAUUAAUUUUUCCUGUUGUCCUUUUAUGAUUAUACCAUUUUGUAUGUACACAUUCUUACUUCCUUGUUCCACUGAGUGCUGCUAAAAGUGCAAGAAGAGAAAAUUGCAUGUUGUUCCCAUUCCAUUUGAACGUUUACAGAGGCACUGUGAGAUGCAUGGACAUUUACUUUAGUGCAAGCAUUAAGGCAGCAAGAUCAUCUGGCUUUAUGCUUGUACGAGGCUUUUUACAAUGUAGAGGCAUCCACAAAACCUUUGGAGAGCCUCUUUAAAUGAUUCACUUGGAUGGAGUUAAGUUUUAUCUCUCAAAUCACUUCUAUUCAUCCAUCUGUCAGCCUCUCUAGGUAGUUACCACAAGUUUGCAUAGGUAUCUUUCUGUCUUUGUUGAGCUGAAUGAUUAAAAAAAAUCAUUCUUUUGAUCUUCCUUAAAAAAAGAAAGAAAAAUAAAAAAAAAACAUCAUUUCCUUUGACAAAGCCUGUAGUGCAACUAUUUACAUGUGUCAGUUUUCAAUUGCUUAUACAGUUCUUAACAAUAUAGUCAUCAAAAUAUUUUGCAUAGUCCUGCGGAGCUUGCAAAAGGUCCACUUUAAAGGUGGAGGCACAUGUGUUCCAUGAAUCUCCUAUGGAUCAGUUAUACAGAAUCUUAAAAAGUAUUUUACUCCAAGUUCAUAUUUGUCAUGGGAAAGUUCUCUUUAUGUAUUCUCAAGGGAAUAUAUAACUGCUAAUAAGGUGCUCCAGGAGAAAUGAUGGUAGUUUGGGUUAGAGGCAUCAUUGGGCUUUGUAAUAUUUUGAUGACAUAUAUUUCUUGUUACAUUUAAUUCUUAACCAAAAUGGUUUAUUAUUUGAAUGCUGAUAGUAUCCAAGAACUAUUUUGUAUUAAACUCAGUUGCUAGAGUUAUCAGUUAAGCAUGUCCAAUUUCUUUGUUUCCUUUCCUUACUUAACAACACUCAUCCUGUUCUCCUUCUCUUACAAGACUGAUGUAGAUCAUGAGAGUAAAAAUUAUCAGAGUAGUAAUAUACUGUUCACUCAAUUCUUGCGAUCAGGCAGGAAUUUUGAAACAAAUAGCAGAAAGUUUGAUGAGACUGGAGUUUUGAGUACUAGUUGGAAGCUACUGAGUUCAAUGUUAUAUGCUUGUACUCCACAGCAUAUUGGGUUAUUGAACACUUGAUUAGAAGAAAAACUAGUCCUGGAUUAAACGAUUUACAAAAAAUUGAUGAAGUAGAUCACUUUGG